ACAAGCUCGUUAGCCAAUAACAACAAUGGUGCGCGCGCGCCUUUUUUCGUGCCAUUUCUCAUUCGGACACCGGACGUCGUAGAAGUCAGAAAAAGACGCAAAGAAAUAUAAAUAAAUAAUUUUGUAUAACCAUAAAUACGGUGUGAAAAGAUCUCUAUAAAAUAACCCAUAAAAAUGUAUAAUAAAUUAUGAAACUAUUUAUUUAAUUAAUUAUGAAAAUAGUUCAAUAUCGCCAGUGCUUUUUAAUUUUCACUCUAUUUCUAUAAAUUAAAGACCAAAAAAAAUAUUUCGUUAUUGAAAUUGUACCAAAAUUAAAAAUAUAAAGUAAGUGAACUUUAAAAACCGUAGAAAAAAAAUCAAAACAUCGAGCUUGCAUAAAACCACGCAUACGCAAACGUAAAAAGCUUGUAGCGGAAAAAUCUCUGAAGUAAUAAAAGACUUUUGAGUACUUUGUAAGUCCCAUGUGAUGGUAUAAAACUAUAAAAAGUGUAACGUGUACCAUGGCAGUGUUAUGGCGUUAUAUUCUAAUGAACAGUGUAUUUAUUUUGGCGUUGUAUGCAGCUAUUUGUGAAGCUUACAGUCCAAGAGAAUGCGGGGUUCCCCUGCGUAGACACACGAGGCAGCCCCGGGAGAGGUCGGUGGGUCAACUCCGCAUAAUCAAGGGACGGGAAUCGAAGAGAGGCGCCUGGCCUUGGCAGGUGUCCCUCCAACUGCUGCACCCCAACUACGGUCUGAUCGGUCACUGGUGCGGCGGGGUGCUCAUCCACCCCCAGUGGCUGCUCACCACGGCGCAUUGCAUACACAAUGAGCUGUUCAAUCUGCCAGUCCCUGCGCUGUGGACAGCGGUGCUGGGAGAGUGGGACCGGGCAGAACAGCGAGGUGCUUAUGUGCCGAUAGAGAGGAUCAUCCUCCACCAUCGCUUCCAUAACUACCAGCAUGACAUAGCUCUGAUGAAGAUGAUAAAAGCAGCUGACGUCAGCGCCGGCAGUCGUAUCCGAGCUAUCUGUCUGCCACCAUAUGAACCACCAAUAAUACACAACACUGAACGAAGCACUUCAUUCUAUCACAAGCCACAAAACGAAAUAAAGAGAAAAGCACGACCACCCAGACCAAAUCCGAACACCGCUGCGAAGUAUUUAGAAAAGCUUAACAAUUUAACACAAACAGUAUUUUCUGGGAUGGGAAAUAAAAAACACAAGAACACGCGAUACAAUGUCAGAGUUUCAAAUGAAAGACCCACGGAGAGAAAAACUGACGAUGAAUCCAGUAGAGAAGAUAACGAAAAGAAAAAGAAUGAUGCUGUGUACGACAGUGCUUCAUUAGAUAGUGUAGUGAGACUAAUAAAAACUAAAGUAACUAAAGACAAAAGAAUAGAAAGUAAUAAGAGAAGUGAUAAAAAACUUCUGUUCGGUGAAGAAAUAGAUCCUUUUAUAGAUGAUAACAACAGUAUAGAUUUUAAAGAUGAAUGUUAUGCUACCGGAUGGGGAAGAGAGCAGACGAAUGGCACUUUAACAGACGUUUUGUUAGAAGCAGAGGUGCCGGUGCUACCUUUGCAACUUUGCAGGGAUAGAUAUGCUCUGACUUUGCCGCUAAAUGAUGGACAUCUGUGCGCAGGGAGUACGGAUGGCAGUACAGGAGCUUGUGUGGGUGACAGUGGCGGACCUCUGCAGUGCAGGUCGGGGGGUCGCUGGGAGCUGCGCGGGCUGACCUCCUUCGGGUCAGGCUGCGCUCGGAUGGGCGUGCCCGAUGUUUACACUAACGUGGCGCACUAUGUCUCGUGGAUAUACGCACAUGUUUAUACUAGCUGAUACUUUACUUUGUUCUAGACUAUAACCCUAUAAUUCGUAAACAUGGGUUGAGAUCUAAACGUCAAUUGUCUUCAAAGUAAAGUGGACCUAAUGACUAAUGUUUAACGUUCACUUUACUUUGAAGAAAUUUGACGUUUAAAUCCUGAUUCUAAAAUGUUUUUAUAUAAAUCAAAAUGUGACUGUGGUUUGGAUAACUCUGUUUUUGGAGUAAAUUUUAAAAAAGUGAAUACUUAUAGUUAUUCACACAAUAAUAAAGCACAAAAAAAGAAAAAAUUGAGUUCUAAAUAGAAUCAAAUUUUAUAGUAAGGUACGUUUUACAUACCGCUAAGCGAUUUAGCGUUCCGGUACGAUGUCGUGUAGAAACCGUAAGGAAUGGAAAUUCAUCGUCCUUCUAACAAGUUAGCCCGCUUCCACCUUAGAUUGCAUCAUCACUUAUCAUCAGGUGAGAUUGUAGUCAAGGGCUUACUUGCAAAAAUAAAAUAGGCAGAUGCCUAAUUACACCAGCAGCCAUGCUUCAGACCGGAACACAGUAAUACUGCUUGGUGGCGGAAAUAAAAUUGUCGUAGUACUAACCGGAUAAGCUCUGUCACAAAAGCUUUACUACUACUACAGAAAAUGUACUAAAAACUAUAAUAUACUUGCGUGAAACAACAGACAUUUGGAUCUACACCCAUCGAUCUAAUAUAUAUACUAAUAUUAUAAAUGCGAUAGUAAGUCUGUCUGUCUGUUACUUUUUUUACGGCUAAACGGCUGAAACGAUCAAGAUGAAUUUUGGUACAAUAUGACCUUGGAAGACAUAACGUACUUUUUGACCCUAAAAUAAAAAUUGAAGGGAGUGAAAUAUGGGUUGAAAGUUUGUAUAGAAAGUCCUUCACUUUUAGAGUUAAGUUUUAAAAAAAUGUUCAUAGAUCAUUAAAAAUACGAAAUAUAAUGUUAUUCAAGAAUUUUUAAAAUUCAACCCCUAAAGUGAUGAAAAAGGGGUUCAAAUUUUACACUGAUUUCCACGCGGACGAAGUCGCGGGCGUCCGCUAGUGUAUUUACGACAGUGUCAAAUAUUACACGUCACAUUUUACAAAAUAUGUUAAUUCGUUUAAUUUUAAGUAUACUGUGUGCCUAGUGGAAGUUUUCAAUAUUUUCAUACUGUUACUAUCACGUUAACGUAAACGCGAAUUUAUAUGGAAUUGAAACAGUUGUGCAGUAGUGCCACUAGAUGGCGCUGUUUCAAUUACUUAGAAAUUCGCGUUUACGUCAACGCGAUAGUAACAGUAUCAAACUGCCACUAGGCAUUUUGAUUACCAUUGUAAAUAUUGUUAGAAUCUAUAUAUAAUCUAGUCUAUUAUUUAUUUGCAAAAA